AUGGCGUCCACCGUAACAGCCGCCAAUAGCCAUGGAAGCGUCCUGCGUACCCGUACCGCCCCCUCCAGCAGGCCGCUCGCAGCUGACAGUGGAGUACUUAUCUCUGAUUGCAGAUUACCAGGUGACUUCGGCUUCGAUCCCCUGGGCCUCGGCGAGGAUCCAGCAAGCUUGAAGUGGUACGUUCAGGCCGAGCUCGUGCACUGCCGGUUCGCUAUGGCAGGGGUCGCAGGAAUCCUUUUCACUGACUUGCUCCGUGUAUCAGGGAACAGCGACCUCCCCGUGUGGUUUGAAGCAGGUGCGGCGAAAUUCGACUUCGCGAACACCACGGCGCUCUUCUUCGUUCAGCUUCUCUUGAUGGGCUACCCUGGGGGCCCACUGUUCAAUCCACUAGGACUUGCAAAAGACAUAGAGAAUGCUCAUGAAGAGAAGCUCAAAGAAAUCAAGAAUGGGAGGUUGGCAAUGGUAGCCAUGCUUGGCUUCAUGGUGCAAGCAUCCAUAACUCAUGCCGGCCCCAUCGACAAUCUUUUAACACACCUUUCGGACCCGUUCAACAAAAACAUCAUUCACGCAAUCUCCUCUUCCUAA